GAAAUUGUGUAAUUCGUUUUUGGAACUAUUUUCUGUCGUGAUACUUCCGGUGUUGUAAGACACUUCCUGUCAAAUUUGUUGACGUACGUGACGAAAAUAGUAAACACUGCUCUAUAUUGGAUUAAAUUUGACGCUGCUCAAGAAAUAUUACAACUGUAAGACAUCAUCAUAAAGAAUAAUGUCAGUUAAAACUGGUCAGCCAUCAAUUGUUGAUGACUUCAUGUAUGGGAGCAAUGUGGCAACAGCACAUGUUUCAAUCAGGCUUGGCUUUCUACGAAAGGUGUAUGGAAUUGUGACAGCCCAGUUACUGUUGACAACACUGAUAAGCCUCUGCUGCUACAUUAAUGAAGACUUCAAUUUUUUCAUCGACAAAAAUCCUUGGAUAAUGUUGGUAGCAUUUAUUGGAACACUGGGCACCUUGUUCGCACUGAUGGUUAAACGACAGGAAACACCCACAAACUAUAUACUGCUGGCAGUUUUUACUGCAUUGGAAAGUCUCACUGUAGGAGUGGUUGUGGCCAGAUAUGACAAAAUGGUUGUCAUUGAGGCAUUAGCUCUCACUAUGGGAGUUACUGUAGCACUGACAGUGUACACACUACAGAGUAAACGAGAUUUCAGCUCAUGGGGAGCAGGAUUGUUUUCCUGUCUCUGGGUGUUGAUUUUGGUUAUGCUGAUUCAGAUAAUCAUCCCGUUAGAUAUCAUGGAUAGAGCAAUCUCUGCAGGUGGUGCCAUUUUGUUCUCUUUGUUUAUCGUGUUCGACACCCACAUGAUGAUGCACAAGCUUUCGGCGGAGGAAUACAUCAUGGCUGCCAUUAACUUGUAUCUCGACAUUCUCAACCUGUUUCUUCACAUCCUACGACUGCUCGGCGACCGCAAAAACUAACAGAAUCUCCUGAGCACCUUCGACUUCUGCAAUAAAAUCCUGACAACUGAAAGCUUAACUUCAUAUUUUUAGUAAACUAGUAAUAGAAAUAAUAGAUAUGCUUUUGAAAUUAACAUUUUGCCCAGGAAUUUAUGACUAAAUGCGAGAUAGAUCGUGGGCUGAGCGCGAAACUAUUGUAACUGUAUAUAAAUAAAGAACAAGAUACAAUAGUUUCGCGCUCAGCCCUCGAGAUGCACACAACAGUUUUUCUGAUGCAAAAUAUAUAUGCGACUUUAUCUAUUUUUCAAACAAGAAUUGGAAAUAUUAUCAAAAAGGGCUUAAUGAUGCACAAGUGUCAUUAGCUCACCUGUCACAUAGUGACAAGGUGAGCUUUUGUGAUCACCCUUCGUCCGGUGUCCGUCGUCCGUCGUCAGUCCGUCCGUGCGUCAACAAUUUCGUGUCUGCACGAUAGUGGUUUCAUUUAUGAUUUUAUUUUAACCAAACUUGCACACAACUUGUAUCACCAUGAGAUCUUGGUUCCUUUCUUGAACUGGCCAGAUCCCAUUAUGGGUUCCAGAGUUAUGGCCCCUGAAAGGGCCAGAAUUAGCUAUUUUGACCUUGUCUGCACAAUAGCAGCUUCAUUUAUGAUUUGAAUUUAAUCAAACUUACACAGAACUUGUGUCACCAUAAGAUCUUGGUUCCUUUCUUGAACCAGCCAGAUCCCAUUAUGGGUUCCAGAGUUAUGGCCCCUGAAAGGGCCAAAAUUAGUUAUUUUGACCUUGUCUGCACAAUAGCAGCUUCAUUUAUGAUUUGAUUUUAACCAAACUUGCACACAACUUGUAUCACCAUAAGAUCUUGGUUCCUUUCUUGAACUGGCAAGAUUCCUUCAUGGGUUCCAGAGUUAUGGCCCCUGAAAGGGCCAGAAUUAGCUAUUUUGACCUUGUCUGCACAGUAGCAGCUUCAUUUAUGAUUUGAAUUUAAUCAAACUUGCACAAAACUUGUGUCACCAUAAGAUCUCGGUUCCUUUCUUGAACCGGCCAGAUCCCAUAAUGGGUUCCAGAGUUAUGGCCCCUGAAAGGGCCAAAAUUAGCUAUUUUGACCUUGUCUGCACAAUAGCAGCUUCAUUUAUGAUUUGAUUUUAACCAAACUUGCACACAACUUGUAUCACCACAAGAUCUUGCUUACUUUCUUGAACUGGCCAGAUUCCAUCAUGGGUUCCGGAGUUAUGGCCCCUUAAAGGUCCAAAAUUGGCUGUUUUGGCUUUUGCAGCCAUAUAGAGACUUCAUUUAUGGUUUUAUUUGAUACAAACGUCCAAAAUGUCUUCAACAACAAUAAAUCUUGGAUUCCAUGACAAAUCAGAUCCAAUCGUAGGUUCCAGAGUUAUUUUAUAUCUGAUUACCUCCCCUGAUUGUAAUCAAAAUGGAUUUAUAUCAGUAAGUACUUAUAGGACGUAUUUGAAAUUUCAUUAUUGUUAUUAGUUGGAAUGAGACAAUCAGAGUAGAUAACUAUGGACUGAUUUUAUGUCAAAUUACCUCCCUUUAUUUCAAAUUAAAAUGGGUAUAUCUCCGUAACUAAUGAAGAUACUGAUCUGAAAUUUCAUUUAUAUCAACAGAUUUAUUUGGCAGAUCUUUCUUUUGUUCACUUACAAUAUAUAUUUUUUUUAAUUACUUCCCUUUUUCGUUACUAUAAAUAGCUUAUUUUUAGUAACUUUUUUAUUAUUGGCCGUAGGGAAAAACCGAGACCACUUUUCAGUGGUACAACAUGGAUGGUACCUCCAAUUUUUAGGUGUAUUUUGACACAUCUAUACCUUGUAAGAAUUUUUUUUUUCUUUUUGUUUAAAUUCUUCCCUUUGUUGUUCCUGUCCUUUGGAUUUAGAUAUUUUUUCUGAGGACCUUCUUGUCCUCAAGUGCAAUGAUAACAGGUGAGCGAUAUAGGGCCAUCAUGGCCCUCUUGUUUUGUAGAAGUCAUGUCAGUUUUGAAUUAAUACUUUAACAUAAAAUGCUUAUUAAGUACAUAGUGAUGGCUGGAAUACUUAAACAGGAUAAGAUAUUUUAUUUUGUUAUUUCACUGUGAUAUUUAAAAUAACUGUUUUAUGGGUAAUUUCUUUGGAAAAAUAUUUAGCAAUACAUCAGUGUAUUUUGCUUAUAAAAAUAGUACAUUUUAGCAAAGUAGGACUGAUUAUGUGUUAUAUUUGAUGUGAUUAGAUAUUUUGUUUUGCAGUUAUUUUAAUACUUCCUUCUUGCUUACAAUGUAACACAUUUCUAUUUUAGUUAGUUUUUUACAAUGUCGGUUAUUGGAACUUACCAAAAUUUUUAAUGAAAACAAGACUUUUCUUACAGUGAUAAACCAGUUAUGUAAAUUGACUGAAAUUAAGAACCUCUGUGUAUGUACCAUGUGUAUUUAUUUAAAAAUUAGGAUCGGAAGGGUAUAUAAUUGAUUAUAUAUAUAGGUGUAAUUACUGUUAGGAACAAGGCUUAGGAAAUUGUUGGUUUCAGGGUUUCAGACCAAUCUAUAAAAUGAAAAAUUAAAAAAGUAUCAGUUGGUUACUUAAGAAUGUUACACUGGGGCUCUGAAACUAUUUUUUGAAAAUAUGAAGAUAAUGAAGUACAUAGCUUUAUCUUCUGCCUGUUUUUAAAGGGACUAACCCACAUAUUUUAGGCGAAAAAUGAUUUCUCUAAAAAAUCUGUAAAAAAGUGAGUACUCUUGAAAGUGACUAGUGGUACAAACUUAUUGACAUAAGGUCAUAUAAAUUUCCAAAAAUAUUUUGCAGGAGGUAGUAAACUGUUGCAACACUUGAAAUAUAAUGCAGAAAAUUUACAUUUUUCUUACAUUUUCCUUACAUUUCUACCAAUAUCUAAUUUUUUUUUUCAACCAGUUUCAUCAUUUUUCAGUGUCAUAUAUAUCUUCUAUGCCAAACUUGGUGGAAAUAAACAUGGAACAUGAAAAAGUUCACCAAAACUGUGGGCGAGUAGCUUUAACCAUCAUAAUGAAGGGUUUACAUUUCUUGUGCCAUACAUUGGAGGGAGGUAUCACAGAGUAUAUGAAAUUAUUUGGGGUUAUCAGUAUUUAAUAUUAUACAGAAAUACGUAUAUUUCAUUACCAUUAUAGCUUUGGAAGUUUAUAUUUUGCUUGAUUUAUUUUCUGUUUGUUUUAUUGCAGAAUUUCAUGAUCGAUUAUUGUUGAUUUAAUGAUACAUAAGAAUUAUUUUCUGACACAAAAUCUUUCGAAAAUGCUUAUAAAAAUAUUAUUCAUUUGAAAUUUACUUUUCUGUCUUGCACCAUAAAAAUACUUAAAAUCUUGAACUACUCAGUACUUCCUAAAUAGACUGGAUAUUUCGUCACCCAAUGAGCAAAAUGGUGUGUUUGUUAACUUUAAAGACAUCUUCCCAUCCAGUGCAAAAUGUACUGCUGCUAAAUAUAAACACUUUUCUCUCGAUACCAAUGGAUUUACUGACUGAAAUGUUUUAAAUACAGUAUACGAUUAUGACAGUUUUUACUUGCAGUCGUUUUGUAAAAAGUUCACUGUUUUUGCAUUCUUCUACAAGACAAUAACUAUGGUCAGAAAAACGCGCCACAACAGUGCACUAUAUAUUGAAUUUCUGUUAUCAAAAUGAGCUGUGCCAUGAGAAAACAAACAUAGUGCGUUUGCGACCAGCAUGGAUCCAGACCAUGCUGUUCGCUAACGGUUUCUCUAAUUGCAAUAGGCUUUGAAAGCGAACAGCAUGGAUCCUGGCCAGACUGGGCGGAAGCUCAGGCUGGUCUGGAUCCAUGCUGGUCGCAUACGCAUAAUGUUGGUUUUCUCAUGGCGUGGCUCAAAUGGUGUUUUCAUUUCUGUUAAGUUUUACAUUUAUUUCACGUUUAUAAUUUGUCUCCUAUGUGGGCCUCAAAAACUGAAUUGUCACCCAUUUCAUUAAGAGCUGAAAACUGUAAAGGUACAUCCGGUCAACUGCCAUGACUUCUCAGUAGUAUAACAAAAUCGUUGAAGCAUGGCAGACAGAUGUCAAAUAUACUGAACAGCAAAAGAAACUGUUCAGAUGUAUAACUGGUAUAUUUUGAAAUAAAAAAAUAUUUUUUCAAAUUUGAAUUGUUUCUUCAUACCAGAAUUACACAUGAAGAUCUUCAUGUGAUAAAUUUUUUUAAUUCAAUCAGCCGUGAAUUCAGUAGUCCCACAAUAGCCAUUUGAAACGCUUUAUCUUCUUCGUGUCAGUUGCAUUUUAACAUUCGAAUUGGGCGCUCGCGCUAAAUUUGAUUCAGUCGUGCGGUGCAACCAACAAUAUUUUUAAAACUUGUUGCUGUUUUCCGAGUUCGCCAAUUAUCAAUAUUUCCAAUGACAAUAAAAUUACACAAAGAAAAUUGUUAAUUACAGGUGCACAUGAAUUUCGUGCAAAAUGGCUAUUGUUGGACUAAUGACUUCAUGGUUGAUUGAUUUUUUAAAUUUUUACACGUGAAGUUCUUCAUGUAUAAUGUGAAUUGAAAAACACAAGUGAUUUACAAAUUAAAGUUUUUAAAUAAGAAAUACCCCAGUUAUAAAACAGGAUAGUUUCUUUUGCUGUUCAGUAUAGUAUUGUAACAGUUGUUGUUUUCCCUGUAAACUGAAUGCAUCAUUCAGUGCUCAUUUUGUUGUUACAAAUGUUAAUUGAAUCAUAAUUCUGGAAAUGGUUUACACAGAGAUAGAUAGCUCAUCAUUAGGUUGCCCAAGGCUGUUUGGACCAUAUAGUACCAAUAUAUACAUUUGAGCCGUGCCAUGGGAAAACCAACAUAGUGGGUUUGCGACCAGCAUGGAUCCAGACUAGCCUGCGCAUCCGUGCAGUCUGGUCAGGAUUCAUGCUGUUCGCUUUUAAAGCCUAUUGAAAUUGGAGAAACUGUUAGCGAACAGCAUGGAUCCUGACCAGACUGCGCGGAUGCGCAGGCUGGUCUGGAUCCAUGCUGGUCGCAAACCCACUAUGUUGGUUUUCUCAUGGCACGGCUCAUUUUAGUAAUUGGGGGAUAUUGUGUAAAUAAUGUGUAAUGCCAUCUUUGCUCAAUUCAUUUAUUCACUGAGAUUUUACUACAUGACAGUGGAACUUUUCAAAGCAAAUUCGCUUUAGGACCAUAUAGGAGAAGUUCAAUUAAGAGAGGUCACUGGUUUGGCAAGAUCUCUGGAGAGGUCUCUGAUACAGAGAGGUUACUUUCAGCAGAUGGAACUUCCUUCAGACCAAAACAGCUGUUCAGUUUGCGGGGAUUUAUUCUACUUUAGGAGUUUGAUUUUGAGGUUCCACUGUGUUUGUAUAUUUUAAGAUUAUUUUUAAGAGGGCUCAUCUGCCAUCAUGGUUUGUUCUUAUUUUGGUAGCAAUAAUCUUUCAUGUGUAAGAAUUUAUGGCUUAGAAUAAUUAACUGUGUUCAGACAUUCUGAAGUGCUUGCAGCAGUUGAUUUAUUCUGUUAGUAUGUUUUUUUGUCAGAUUUAAAAUAACUUGGCAAAGUGAUUUGAAAAGGUUUUUUAAAAAAAAGAGAUUUUUUGCAAAGUUUUGGUUUUACAAAAAAAAUAUUGUGCGAAACUUAUUUCUCAUGAAAACUUACGAGGGAAAAGGCAUCAGCAAGGGUUUGUCUUCGUUUAAUCAAACUUUUCCAUCUGAUAUUACAGUAAGCACAUAUGUGCAUGUGUCUUCAUUUGUUCACAAUAAAAAACAUGUUUGAGAAAACAAAGGCAUCCAGUUCUAUUAAGAGUAUAAUAGUUUCAUAAACAGGUAUAUUAGAUCUUUGCCAAAAUGGUUAUUUUAAAUUUGACAGUAUCUCAUGCAUGUAUAAUUAAUACAUAAAUAUAUUUCAUGUUACAAUAUAGACUGGGAUGGUUGUACUUUGUAUAUGUUCUAGUUAACCAUGCAAGAAGAUGUACCACUUUACAUAUAAACUGCAUACUGCAUAAUUAUGUCUCCCAUACCACAGUGUGGCGGUAGACAUACUGAUUAACUCCUGUCUGUCUGUGUGUGUGUGUGUGUGUGUGUGUCCGUCUGUCUGUCACUAAUCUUGUCCGCACUCAGUCGAACAUUUCUCAUCUGAUCUUCUCCAAACAAAAAAAAUGAAAUGUGUUAGCCAAUAAGUCCUAGGCAAAUUUUUAGUUUGAUAACUAGCCAAAUCAGCCCAGGCACUUAGAGUUUAUAUGACCCUUUAAUUACUGAUAGGCUGCUUUACUCCAGCACUUAUCCAAUAGGCCGCUUACUCCAGCACUUAUCCAAUAGGCCGCUUACUCCAGCACUUAUCCAAUAGGCCGCUUACUCCAACACUUAUCCAAUAGGCCGCUUACUCCAGCACUUAUCCAAUAGGCCGCUUACUCCAGCACUUAUCCAAUAGGCCACUUACUCCAGCACUUAUCCAAUAGGCCGCUUACUCCAGCACUUAUCCAAUAGGCCGCUUACUCCAGCACUUAUCCAAUAGGCCGCUUACUCCAACACUUAUCCAAUAGGCCGCUUACUCCAGCACUUAUCCAAUAGGCUGCUUUACUCCAGCACUUAUCCAAUAGGCUGCUUACUCCAGCACUUAUCCAAUAGGCUGCUUACUCCAACACUUAUCCAAUAGGCUGCUUACUCCAGCACUUAUCCAAUAGGCUGCUUACUCCAACACUUAUCCAAUAGGCCGCUUACUCCAGCACUUAUCCAAUAGGCCGCUUACUCCAACACUUAUCCAAUAGGCUGCUUACUCCAGCACUUAUCCAAUAGGCUGCUUUACUCCAGCACUUAUCCAAUAGGCCGCUUACUCCAGCACUUAUCCAAUAGGCCGCUUACUCCAACACUUAUCCGAUAGGCCGCUUACUCCAGCACUUAUCCGAUAGGCUGCUUACUCCAGCACUUAUCCGAUAGGCCGCUUACUCCAGCACUUAUCCGAUAGGCCGCUUAAUCCAGCACUUAUCCCAUAGGCCGCUUACUCCAGCACUUAUCCGAUAGGCCGCUUACUCCAGCACUUAUCCAAUAGGCCGCUUACUCCAGCACUUAUCCGAUAUAGACCGCAUACUCCAAAACUGUCAAAGGUAUAUUUUCUGUGAGUAAAUAGUAUAUAAACUUUAAGACAGACUUACUAUUCAGAUGAUUAGGCAGUUGUGGCAGACAUGCACUUUUCUCAAAACCAGCUCUAAUUUUUUUUAAUCAUUUUAUUUAUCAUGUUGAUGUAAGUAUGAUUCUUCAAUAUAUUUAAUAAUGAUUGUACAUAUACAUUGGGGAAUAAAUCCAUACAUCAGUAAA